GUGGCUGUUGUCUCCUGUGCCCUGCACCUGCUGCCUCCACCACACAGCUUGGCUCAGCCCCAGAGCUGUCAUCCGCCUGGGACAAGAGGCUUGCUCCCCCAGGAUAAGCUGAGCACUGAUCUCAGCGUCUCCAGAAUGGCAGCUCCAGCCUCAAACUCUCCCGGUCCCUCUGACUGAUGGGCACUGUUGAGCGAAGUGUUUGUUCAGAGGAUGCCCUGGGCCCCGACCUGGCUGGGCAUGGAGGUGGCGUCUGCCAGGGGAGAGGGGCCCCCUGGUUCCCAGACCUUCCCGAGUCACCUGCCAUGGAUGCCCUGAUCUCAGAUUUCCUGAAGAAUUUGACUCAAAAGAAUUUCCAGCAAUUAGCUGCUGACUUUAUGUCUCAAAGUGCUGCCUUCAUCAGUAAUGCUGGAGGUGUCAUUCCGCCAGAAACUCUCAGUAAAAUUGAAGCAGUCCUCAAAGAAGGGAACCUACGGGCUGCGGUGGAUAUAAUUGAAGAAAUACUCAGUGAGGCCAAAAAUGCUGCCCUGGAAGUGGCUGUGAUCGGCGGGUCGGGGACAGGCAAGUCCAGUUUCAUCAAUGCCCUCAGAGGCCUUGGUCACGAGGAGGAAGGGGCGGCUGAGGUUGGGGUUGUGGAGAUCACCAAGAAGAAAACCCCCUAUAAACAUCCAAAAUACCCCAACGUGACCUUCUGGGACCUGCCUGGGACCGGGACGCCCACCUUCACCCCGGACACGUACCUCGAAGCAGUGGGCUUUGCCACAUUCGACUGCUUCAUCAUCAUUUCCUCCUCCCGCUUCACCUGCAACGAUGCUCUCCUGGCCCGGAAAAUCCAGGAAGCUGGGAAGAACUUCUACUUUGUUAGAAGCAAGGUGGACAGUGAUUUAUAUAAUGAGCGGAGAGGCAAGCCCCAGUCCUUCCAGAGGGAGAGAGUUCUCCAGCUGAUCCGAGACAACUGCCUGGCUAACCUCUAUGACAUAGGAGUGCCUGACCCGCGCAUCUUCUUGGUCUCCAACUUUGAGCUGCAUGACUUUGACUUCCCAGGUCUGCAGAGGACGCUGCUGGGGGAGCUUCCUGCUCACAAGCGCCAGGCCUUCGCAGUCAUGCUGCCCACACUUUCAGAUGCUUGCAUUGAGCUGAAGAGAGGUUUCCUCAAGCAGAAGAUCUGGCUGGACGCUGUGAAGUCCUCAGCUCUGGCUUUCAUUCCCUUUAUGCCCAUCCUCAAAGGCUUUGAUUUGUCUGAACAGGAAGCGUGCUUGAAGCUUUACCGAAAAUAUUUUGGCUUGGAUGAUAAGUCCAUUGCAGAGACUGCCAUGAAGCUUGGCACAUCGGUGCAGGAUAUCAAGGGCUACACCAGGUGCUUGGAUUUCUGGGCCCUGGUGAAGGAUGACAGCACAGCGGCAAAGGCCAUGCGCUGUGCUGAAAGCUUCUGCUCAGUGAACGGAGGUGUCACAUCUGUUGUCGCCCAGUUUCUGAAAGCCUGCUUUCUACGCUCAAAAUUCCUUGAUACAGUGGCUGACGAUGCUAAGCUCCUCUUGCAUAAGAUUAUAAAUGCUCACAUUUGAGCAAGGGAGAAGCACUGAGGCUGGCCCAACAGAGCUGGAAAUGGACCUCAGGUCUUGCAUCAUUGGGGGUGGUGCUCUUCCUGCCAAUCCUGGCUCAGGGUCCCCGAAGGAAGAAGAAAUCUCUGUUCCGUGAAGAAGGCCAUGGCUGUCCAUGGUACCUCACCGCAGUGCACAGUGGCUUGGCCUGGACUUUCUUCUGCCAGUAUUUCCUAAUGUGAUCAAAACCUGACACUGAGAUACUGUGCAAUAGCUUGCAGUUAAUCUGAGGUAGUCUGCUAAUUCCUUUUAUUUCUUCUGUUCAUAAACACGUUAAAAUAAUCACAA